GUGAAUAUCACAUCCAUCACCAAGUGAAGACGGGUAAAAAGUCUUAUUUACGAAUUGCUAGGGUGAUUCUUCAUUAACUGCUAACAUGAGCCGAGAAGUACAAUUCUGUUUUGCCAUUCCGCGCUCCGAGGGAUUUCCUCCAGUCAAACGCUCUUCCCCGAUUCAUUCGUUUGCUAUUCACGACAUCCUCGGUCUUAACGAGAAGAGCUCAAAACCGAAGGCGGCAAGUCAACAAAACGUGAGCCUUGUAAAAUGCUUUUCGCCGGUUACGGCGCGACUCGAGACGCAGAACACAGACCACGAAAAGGUUUCUGUGCUACCAGAACACCAUGGGACAGACGGUAGUAAAAUUGACAAAUGCCUAUAUCUGAAGGGAGACAAAACCGCGGCGAGCAAGAAGGCACCCAAAAAGCGUCGACAUCGCACCAUUUUCACAAAUUACCAACUGGAAGAGUUGGAAAAGGCUUUCAAAGAAAGCCACUACCCUGAUGUGUAUGCGAGGGAAAAUCUGUCUGUGAAGAUCGAGUUACCAGAAGACCGAAUCCAGGUCUGGUUUCAAAAUCGACGAGCAAAAUGGCGAAAGAAGGAAAAGUGUUGGGGUCACAGUUCUAUAAUGGCUGAGUACGGGUUGUAUGGAGCAAUGGUACGACAUUCCUUACCCCUCCCCCCUCAUCUGACGUCCAACUCAGCUCCAUGGUUGCUUGGCAUGCAUAAGAAAGCAAAGCUCAUGGAAGAUAAAAUUAAGGUAGAGACUUCGAAAGAGACUGGGGAUGACCUCAGGUCGCACAGUAUUGCGUCGCUGAGGCAGCGAGCCCAAGAACACAAUGCAGCUGUCAAACAUUUACAAGAACAGGAAGCCAGGAUGAUACAGGCGUAUAAAAGUAACGAGGCAAAGGAAAAGAAGCUUUCUGACAGUGGAUCCGACGGAGAAACUGAUUUGGAAGAUAUGUGAUUAGAAAUAAGGAAAUAACUGUCCUAAAAUAUAAUAUUAGAAUAGUAGAGUAAGGUGUCGACCGUUUUUUUUUGAGCAUUUUUCGAUUGAGCGUCAUGAAAUCAGUAUCAAAGCAAUCUUAACAGCCAAUCAUAGCAAGGAAAAUUGAUAUCACCAGGAGGAAAUGAGAAAAAGCAAACUGCCUGAAGUGCGGAAAAACUGCCUGAAGUGCGGGAAAACUGCCUGAAGUGCGGGAAAACUGCCUGAAACGCGGGAAAACACGGGUGACAAAGUCGCAAUUGGUUUUAGUUUUGAAUCUGAUUGGUCGAGGAAGUGGCGCGAGUUUUCUCGACCAAUUACUGCAAACAAAGCAAGACCAAAGAAAUCCCGGAUUUCUUUCGACAUUCUUUCGAAAAUUGCUCUAUCAAGGCAUUCAAGACUAUGCACGAUUUAACAAAAUGGCGGGAAAAUUGGGAAGAAUGCAAGCGUUUUUAGUGCCAACACUGACACCCAUGAACCAAAAGCAGAAAAAAUAAUACGACGGACGCAAAAGCUGGGUUCCACAAAAUCUCAGCAUUUGACUCGUGAAACACAAUGCAUUUAAUUUAUUGCCCACUGGAAGGGGUUCAGUAACAUUAAAAUUUACGAGUAUUGAUAAUUUGCGCACAGUGAGAAAAUCAUCAUUACUCCGUGCAAAAUAUAUAGAAUAUUCAUGCUUCUAAAAGCCCGCUUCAAAUCAAAAAUGAGCUGAUAAAAAUUUUUAUCUUGUACAUAGUCACAGUACAGACUUCCACUUAGGUUGUCAAAACUUAUAUAAGUCACUUCGGAAAGAGUUCCACAUAACCCCAUACAUUAAUUAUGCAUUCAUUUCAUAACUACUAAAUAUGAAGGUUUCUUUGCAACAGUCUAUGCAUAAUUAAUGUAUGGGGUUAUAUGGAACUCUUGCCGUCGUUUCUACCGUCAACAGUCCUUACCAGGACUACUCUCACCCGAACGAUGAGGUCACAAGAUAACUAUAUUAUAGAGGGUGUAAUUUGCAAAUGUAGACCAGCCUUUCUACAGAGAAAUGCUGCAUCGGAACUCUAUGGUAAACAGUUUAAAAAAUAAAAGCUCAGAGAUGUUUGAGACGAGGACGGCGAACAAAGGACGAAUGCAUCUGCAUUUGGUAAGGACUUGCUGGAGAGCCCUUUGUUAUCACUAUUAUUAUUAUUAUUAUUAUUAUUAUUAUUAUUUGUUAUCACUAUUAUUUCAAAACUUAAAACUGCACAGAAAAAUUCGGAGAAUACUCAUAUUUAAGUGCCGAACGCGUCUCAGAAACUUCUACAGUCUUUAUCAGAUAUUUGUAAUUAAAACAAUUCAACGUCA